CUCAGUCUUCACGCUGCACUCGUCUCUCUCACAUCGCUCUGAUCACAGGAUCCCAAGCGCUUGAGAAGGGUGAUGUGUAACGCACGUGUCCGAGCGCAGGCGGAGGAGAAGAUGAAGAUGAUGAUGAUGAUGGUGGUGGUGGUCCUCACCGUCGCUCCGCUCGCGCAGGGGGUCCCAGGAUUCCAGGUGCGUCUGGUGGGCAGCAGGAACAGGUUCGAGGGCCGCGUGGAGGUGCUGUAUAACGGAGCAUGGGGAACUGUGUGUGACGACGAGGUCAACAUCAAUCUGGCCCACGUGGUGUGUCGCGAGCUGGGCUUUUCCAGCGGACUCACCUGGGCUCACAGCGCCAAGUUCGGCGAGGGCCGCGGUCAGAUCUGGCUGGAUAACGUCUGGUGUUCGGGCAGCGAGAGCUCUCUGUCGGAGUGCCGGUCGAACGGUUGGGGUGUGAGCGACUGCACUCAUGCUGAAGAUCUGGGUGUCAUCUGCAAUCCGGAUCAACCCAACCAUCACGUCCCCCGUUACCCAGAACCCCCUUCACCUCAGAUCACUAACCUCAUCUCGAACGCUCCUCAGCGCGGGCACGAGAUCAGCCUCCACCGCGGCGGCCGCGGCCCGUCCUCACCGCAGCUCAACGGCCAUCGCAUCCAGCUGCGCAGGAACGGGUUCGAGAGCGCCGUCACCCCGCGGGGACACCAGAUACCGGACUUCCUGCGCAGCAGAGCCUCCUAUAGACGAGCACAUGACGUGACGCCCGCUCAGACCACACGAAACCCUGAGAGACCAGCACCAGCGCCGAGGCCGGUUUACAGUCUUGAGCCGGUCUAUCCCAGUGUGGAGCACAGUAACAGGAUGGAUCUGGACUUCAGCGACAUGGACGAGCAGACGUCUGGGUCGCUCCGGCUGGACGAGGUGCGUCUCCGACCCGUUCUGACCGCCACUCAGAGCGCUGCCAUGGUAACGGAGGGUGUGCUGGAGGUGAGGCAUGCUGGGAAAUGGAGGCAGGUGUGUAGUCUGGGCUGGGAUCUGAGCAGCAGUCGUGUGGCGUGUGGCAUGCUGGGAUUCCCGUCCGCGGAGCAGCACGACACACGCGUGUACCGGAAACUGUGGGACUCAAAGAUGGAGGAUCCAGCCACAAGGUCUGCGGCCCGUAAGAAGGCGUUCUGGGUCGAGCGGGUUCAGUGUUCGGGUUCGGAGGUGUCUCUGGCGCAGUGUCGAGCGCAGCUCUCCGUCCCGCGGCACGACGUCCCGUGCUCCGGAGGGAUGCACGCGGUGGUGCGCUGUGUUCCCGGCGCUCAGUUCUCCAGAAGCUCCGCCUCCAGACGGCCGCAGGCUCCUCCCCCUCUGAACGCGGCGGUGCGUCUGAAGGCCGGUGCGCGGCUGGGCGAGGGCCGGGUGGAGGUGCUCCGCGAGGGUAAGUGGGGGACCGUGUGUGACCAUCGGUGGGACCUGACAGCGGCCAGCGUGGUGUGCAGAGAGCUGGGCUUCGGCUCGGCCAGAGAGGCCCCGCGAGGAGCGCUCAUGGGUCAAGGUACGGGUCCGAUCCACAUGAACGUGGUGCAGUGUUCGGGCCGGGAGAGCUCCAUCACACAGUGCCGCUUCCAGGAGGUGCCGCGUUACUCAUGCAAACACUCCCAGGAUGCAUCUGUCCGCUGCAACGUCCCCAACACCGGCCUGAGCGCGAAGGUGCGUCUGGCGGGGGGGCGGCAGGCGGCGGAGGGCCGGGUGGAGGUGCUGAUGGAGGUGAACGGUCAGCAGCGCUGGGGCUCCGUCUGCAGUGAGAACUGGGGCAUUAAUGAAGCCAUGGUGGUGUGUCGACAGCUCGGCUUCGGCUUCGCUUCCAGAGCCCAUCAGGAGACCUGGUACUGGCCCAGCAGCUCCGGGUCCGAGGACGUGCUUCUGAGCGGAACACACUGCAUCGGCACCGAGAACUCCAUCCAGCAGUGCAGCAGGAACGGACAGGUGUACUGCCCACGAGGGGGCGGAGCCAGAGCCGCCGGAGUCACCUGUGCGGACGCGGCUCCGGAUCUGGUGAUCGACGCGCAGCUGGUGCAGGAGUCUGCGUAUCUGGAGGAUCGUCCGCUGCGCCUGCUGACCUGCGCUCACGAGGAGAACUGUCUGUCGUCCUCCGCCGCGCGCAUGACCUGGCCCUACGGUCACCGGCGGCUGCUGCGCUUCUCCUCACGCAUCAUGAACCUCGGACGAGCCGACUUCAGACCGCGAGCCUCACGAGAGUCCUGGACCUGGCACCAGUGCCACCGGCACUACCACAGCAUCGAGGUGUUCACGCACUAUGACCUCCUGACCCUGAACGGCACAAAGGUCGCGGAGGGUCACAAGGCCAGCUUCUGUCUGGAGGACACAUACUGCCCUGAAGGCCUGACUAAACGCUACGCCUGCUAUAACAUGGGCGAUCAGGGCAUCACUGUGGGCUGCUGGGAUACGUACCGCCACGACAUCGACUGCCAGUGGGUGGACAUCACCGACGUGCGGCCCGGGGACUACAUCUUCCAGGUGGAGGUGAAUCCGUCGCUGGAUAUGGCCGAGUCUGAUUUCCAGAAUAACGUGAUGCGCUGCCGCUGCCGCUACGACGGAGCACGUGUCUAUCUGUACGGCUGCCACAACGGAGACGCUUACAGCGCAGAGGCAGAGGACCUGUUUGAACACCAGCGUCAGAUCUCAAACAACUUCCUCUGAUGAAGCGACGCUCGUUUCUCUGAUCGCGUCGCAACCCUCGCUGGGCGGAGUCUGCGUGAUUGACGGGCAGGGGGUGGGGCUAGUGUGAUGAUUGACAGUUGGGCCAGUAUUCAUGAAGCAGAAGAUCAGAAGAACUUGCUGAGUUUGAGAUGUCUCCAAGAUUCAUCUUCAUCACUCAGUCCAGACUCACAGGAAAACACGUUAUAGCACAGAAUAAACACUAAUACUGAAAAUCAGUCAUGAAAUUGGAACAUUGUUUUUGUUUUUUUUAGUAAUUUUCUUUCAAAAGGUGUUAUUGUAGUUAACAUAUGAUUUUUAUUUAAAUUUUAAUUUUUUAUGUUAGUUUGGUCUGUUGGAGAGUAAACAUAUUUAUUGUUUUUCAUGUUAAAAUCUGUAGAUCAGCGCUUCUCAACCAGCGACUCAAAAGUGCUUCAAUCAAUUAAAUAUAUUUAUCUUUUUUAAUUUUUUUUAAAAUGGUAUUAAACUAGUUGAACUCUCAAUUAAAAAAAAAAAAAAAUUUAUCAUACUUUCUAACUUUAAAGUUCUUUUUUUUUUCACAAAAAAACUAUUUGAAAUCGUUUGCCCCCUUCAAUACAUUUUCUUUUAUCAAAGAAGUAGUUUUUGAAACUUUUGGAAUCACAAAAUUAAUUUUUGAUUAAAUAUUUUGAUACCUCAGUUUCUGUUAAUGAAAAGGCCUCUGUCAUAGUUAUUGUUGAGUGCUGGAUGAAGGGGGCUUUAAGUCAGAAAGGUUGAGAAGCUCGUCUGCAGCUGUUUUCAUCAAACACACGAUCCUGACUUUUCUAAUGAUUCUGAUGUUUAUUUCUCUGGCCACCGGUGCUGAUUUUAGUGGCUCAUUUAGUCUUGAAUAUUAUUAUACUUUAUUAUAAUUAUUACUGGCUCAGACGGAGCAGCAGAAUCUGUGUAAGAAAUGUUUGAUCUCUCUGUGAAGAGAAACGGUUUUACAGAUUGUGCUUCAAUACUUGAAAAAUAAACGUCUCGAGUCAAA